AAAAAAAAAAAGAGAUAAAACAGUUUCAUAAGCCCUUACUGAAAAUUACAUAUAACCACUGAAAUAGUAUGUUAAAGUUUUUAGCCUAAGAAUUUCCUCCAAAGGAUUUUAAGUGUGGUUUGGUUUUUUUUAGUACCGCAUUUUAGAUGGACUUACCUCCUCUCCUGAAGCAGUAUUUACAUAGAGUGUUCAAAGUAGUGGUGUGAAACUGUCCUUUUUGUUUGACGCACAACUUAAAAUUUUCUUGGAUGUAGCUGAUCUACUCUCUGAAGUGAUUUAUAAUUUUUGUGGGGGUUUUUUGUGGUUUUUUUUUGACAAAAGGACUUUUAAGGAAUCGACUAUUUGACUGUGAGGAGUUGGAGUUCAUGUGCACAGUGCUGCAAAAGCUUUACAAUGCUGUGACCCCAUAGUAAAAUAUAUUUGCUGAUUUCCUUUAGUUCCAGUAAUCUUAGUUUUAAAACAAUGUGUCAUUUUUUUUCCAGACAGAUUGUUACAGCUUUUCUGGUCACUUUAUACAUUUUUAAUGUGCCUAGUCCUGCUUUGGAUAUAGACACAACUUAAAGGACCAUGGAUAUAGAAACAAGUGAAACGGCAUGGGGGCUUGUGCUUGCUGAUGUGCUAGCUUAAGGUUGAAUUUAAGUGCUGUGUCCACCUUGGCAGCUGUGCAAGCAGAAUUAUCUAGAUGGAGGUUGAGAGGUAUUUGCUAGAAGUUAGCUGAAGACCAUCAUGUUACAUGGGCAGAAGCUUGGUGUUGCAGAUGGUUGAGCUGAUAAGGCUGAGGAGGUGCUCUCUGUUUAAAAUGUUGCCAUGAGAAUAGAGUGCGUGCUGUUACAAAACAGCCUCCAUCCUAGGAUUAUAGCGGAUUUGAAAAAUGAGCCCUUAGUUGUCUGGCAUUUCAGAUGUGCUGUUACAACUGCAAAUCUCAUUACCUUCACAGGAGAUGUGGGUGCACAGCCCUCUGAAAACCAGGCCAGAAAAUGCUUAAAUAAAGAGGAGAGAGAAGAGUUCAACCAAAGAAAGAGAAAAUGUUUAAUUUCCACCAGGGGUAGAUGGGAGUAGACUCUUCAUUCAUUCAGUGCAGGGAGGGGAGAUACCUAACUGCAACUCUUACCUUCUCAAGGAAGUCUUUGGUAGUUUUCAGCUCUUCCAACUUCUCUCUCUCCCUGAUGUUUCUGCUCCUGGUGUUUUUUAUAUGCUUACACUUCCCUGAGGUACAUUUCUGCUUCCUGACUACGUCAGCCUUGCUCAGCUGUCCUGGAAUUUUCAGGUCCCAGAGUCCCAGCCUCUGCCUUGCUGCAGGGACAGGCCAUCAUUGUCCUCAAGUGAAUAUAGAAUAUUAUACACAAUCAUGCUAUCUAGCAUCAUUUAACCUGCAUAUGUGAGGAGGCUGCUUUUCUAUUGCUGUGGGAACCAUAGCUUCAUUUUCUUGCGUAUUUUUCUUGUAUUUUAAGAGUUUUCAUUCAGUGUUGUGCUGACAGCCUUCCUUGCAAAUCUGUUUCGUGGCUGGCUUUUUAGAGCAUGCUAUUAAAUGCAGUUAGCUGGGCAAAUUGUUAAAAGUAGACCUUGUUUUAAAUGCGGUUGGAAUAGGGAGAUAAAAAGCACAGUACUGAGAAACUAACAAUCUUGUUUCAUUUUGUGCAGGAACAUGCAGCUGCUGUCAGCUCUGAUAUAUGCUAUGUUGCGCAGUUAUAUGUAAACCAAGAACUUCUUCAACUUAAACUACUAGCAAAAUAAGAGCUACAAUAAAAGAUUUUUGGAUUAUAUAAAGUCAGAAAAAUGCCAGAUGCUUGGUGAUUCUUGUCAGCAACACAAUGCAGGGAAAUGAUACUCAGUCCUCAGGAGGCCCAGUAUGGGAUGAAGUACUUCCCUGUGCUCAGUAUUCAUAUCUCCAGGCUGAUACACUAAUUUUCACUGGUCUGCUCUCAAGGCUGAUUGGUGCUUAUCCAGAAAUGUGCUUUCUGCAAUGAGGAUUCAGUGGGAGAGAGGUAAUUUGGACUUGAUAGAGGCACAGGGGCGCAAAUUCUACUUUCUAGUUAGAAAAUAAUCCUGUAUGAAACAAAAUAACCCAUCAUCCAUUUGAAGACCAGUAGCCAUUUCUUACUAAAGCAUAUGCAGUGUUCAGUUUUGCCUCAGUGUGAAAUAUUUUAAUCAUUUUCUCUUGCUGAACUUCUUAGAACAUUUUAAUACCUUCUGUUGAAACCAUCCUCGCUGAAGAAAAACAAUGUGUAGUUUUAAGUUGUGGAAGUUCUGUCUGAUUAAUCAACAGAGAUUGAAAUCUGACAAUUUGAAACAGUAAACCCCCUUAUUACUUGGAGAGGUAAUUAUAAAUGACUCAACAAAUUUUGCUUUCAUAAACUUCAGAUUUGGAUGUGCCAGAAUUCUUGAUACUAAUGUUAUAUCUUGUGUUUCCAGUCUGUUCAAGACUGAGUUUCUGCUCAUGGGUGAUGUGAGUUGAAGAGGUAUCAGUCUUCCUACAGAAGCAUAAUCAUUUACAUGCCAUUACCCAAAAGGGUUUGCUUCACAUCCUCCUACUAGCAGCACUGCAACUGAAAAUUUUAAUCUGAAUGCUUCCCAAAUGAAUGUAUGUCCCUGGGGCUGUGGCUGAUGGCCAUGUCACCUGUUUGAUCUCCCAUAGUCUUGUAAUUUAAGGUGGGACUGUGUUUGUAUGGAAACCUUCUAGGAAAAAUUAUCUCUACAAAGAAGUGCUGUUGAUAUUUCACUAAGUGUACCUCAUCUAUACAGGGUGCAGCUAUGCUGCUGGUUACUAAUAGCUCAGAUGAGGUGUAAAUUAAGGGCCUUACCACUUCAGUCAAAAGGUUAUAUGAAGUAUGAAUAGGAGCUUUUGUCUGUGUAUCCUGCUGGAUUUCUGAAUUGGGUAACUUAAUUGAAAUCUGAGCAUUAAAAUAUUCCUCAGGUAGCAUCACCCAGCGGAAUCUGUUGUUUAAGCCACAAACCUGCUAAAACUUCCUGCAGCACUGUUAACUUGCUGGAGUGCAUGCUACAGUAGCUCCAUGUCAGUAAAGGUACCGUAAAUGUGGUUUAUAAUUAGCUUUGGAGUCCUUCGCAAUGAAACGUACGUUAUAAAUGUAAGAUUGCCCUUAUUACAUUUCUUAUCUCUUGUCUUUAACACUUUGUUUUGUACAGCAGGAUAUGAUCCUUCUUCUAUGUCCGGGCUUUGGCCUCACACAGUAGGUGUAAUAUAAUCCCUGAGGUGGGCGUUCUGGAAGGAGAAUUAUUUUUGGAGGCUUUUGCAUGAAACUUGUCCAAUGAGUCUGAGACGCCCAAGCACCAUUAAUUUUGGAGGAAAAAGAUGGAGUAUUGCAUGCUGGGAACAAGUGCUUUCCAUAAGGUACAGCAGCAGCUCAUGAUGCCCCGUAAAGCUUUUCUUUCCCAGAAAGAAAAGCAGGCUCGUGCCAGGGAAAGGGAUAUGUUAAAAAAGAGGAGGAGGCGACAAGACUAUCUCAAAAGAAGCGUGGAGCCGCAGAAAAAUGCAGAAACAAUAAAAUGGCACAGGGAUGAUGAGAAGAGGAGAGAAAAUGAGCAAGUUAAGGACAAAGAUAUCAAGAAGCGGUGGAGACAGGAUGAGAGAGAACGACGAAAGAAUGUGGACGCUAUGAAUUGGCGCAGGGAAGAUGAGAAGAGGGAAAAUGAGCGAGAAACUAUGUUCCAACUUCCUGUCAACAACCUUGGCAGUUUAAGAAAGGCCCGGAAAACUGUGAAAAAAAUACUUAGUGACAUUGGUUUGGAAUACUGUAAAGAACAUAUAGAAGAUUUUAAGCAGUUUGAACCUAAUGACUUUUAUUUGAAAAACACUACAUGGGAAGAUGUAGGAUUGUGGGACCCAUCGCUUACAAAAAAUCAGGACUAUCGGACAAAGCCCUUUUGCUGCAGUGCGUGUCCAUUUUCCUCAAAGUUCUUUUCAGCCUACAAAAGCCACUUCCGGAAUGUUCACAGUGAAGACUUUGAAAAUAGGAUUCUCCUUAAUUGUCCUUACUGUACUUUCAAUGCGGACAAAAAGACUUUGGAAACGCACAUUAAAAUAUUUCAUGCUCCAAACGCCAAUACACCGAGUGGAGGCAUCAGCACUUUUAAAGAUAAAAACAAACAUGAUAGCCUUAAACCUAAGCAGGCUGACAGUGUAGAACAAGCUGUUUAUUACUGUAAGAAGUGCACUUACCGCGAUCCUCUGUAUGAAAUAGUUAGAAAGCACAUUUACAGGGAACAUUUUCAGCAUGUUGCUGCUCCUUACGUAGCAAAGGGAGGUGAAAAGUCACUCAAUGGUGCAGUUCCGUUAAGUUCCAGUACCCGAGAGGAGGGUAGUAUUCACUGCAAAAGAUGCCUUUUUAUGCCGAAAUCAUACGAAGCUUUAGUACAGCAUGUUAUCGAAGACCAUGAACGUAUAGGAUAUCAGGUAACAGCAAUGAUAGGUCACACUAAUGUAGUGGUUCCAAGAUCUAAACCUUUGAUGCUAAUAGCUCCAAAACCACAGGAUAAAAAGCCUAUGGGACUCCCUCAGAGGAUGGGUCCCCUUUCCCCUGGAAGUGUUCGAUCUCUUUCGUCCCAGCAGAUGAUGAACAGACUCACUAUACCAAAGCCUACAUUAAAUUCCGCAGGAGUGAAUAUGAUGUCAAAUGUUCACCUACAACAGAACAAUUACGGAGUCAAAUCAGUACCGCCAAGUUACGUUGGUCAGCCAGGGGGAAGGCUAAACUUAAGUGGUAACGCACCAGUUUCUAUUCCACAACAAUCGCAGACAAUGAAACAGUUUUCAGCAAGUGGAAAUGGAAGGCCUUAUACUCUUGGAGGGGAGCAGCGAUCACAGGCCUCAGCCAGAUACUCUCUUCAGUCUGCCAAUUCAUCUUCUCUUUCGUCAGCUCAGUUGAAACAGACGUCAUUAUCACAGUCACAGGCAGCUUCGAGAGUAUUAGGUCAGUCUGGCUCCAAAUCUCCUGUAGCUGCUACAGGUCCUUCCGCUGUCAAUACAUCAUCCACACAGAAGUGGAAAAUCUGUACAAUCUGUAAUGAGCUGUUUCCUGAAAAUGUGUAUAGUGUCCACUUUGAAAAGGAGCACAAGGCUGAAAAGGUGCCUGCAGUAGCUAACUAUAUAAUGAAAAUACACAAUUUCACUAGCAAGUGUCUAUACUGUAAUCGCUAUUUACCCACUGAUACAUUGCUUAAUCAUAUGUUAAUACAUGGUCUGUCUUGUCCGUAUUGCCGUUCAACCUUCAAUGAUGUGGAAAAGAUGGCUGCUCAUAUGCGAAUGGUUCACGUUGAUGAAGAAAUGGGACCUAAAACCGAUUCCACUCUAACGUUUGAUUUGACGUUGCAGCAGGGUAGUCACACGAACAUACAUCUUCUCGUAACAACCUACAACCUGAGAGAUGCUCCUGCUGAAUCUGUAGCUUACCAUGCUCAGAAUACCCCCCCGGUUCCUCCAAAACCACAGCCGAAAAUCCAGGAGAAGUCUGACGUACCUGUAAAAAGUUCUCCACAAGCAGCAGUUCCCUACAAAAAAGAUGUGGGGAAAACUCUCUGUCCUCUGUGCUUUUCAAUCCUAAAAGGACCCAUCUCUGAUGCACUUGCACAUCAUCUACGGGAGAGGCAUCAAGUAAUUCAGACGGUUCAUCCAGUCGAGAAAAAGCUAACCUACAAAUGCAUCCAUUGCCUUGGUGUAUAUACUAGUAACAUGACUGCCUCAACUAUCACACUGCACCUUGUUCACUGCAGAGGUGUUGGGAAGACACAGAAUGGCCAGGACAAAGGUACGUCGUCAUCUCGGCUAAGCCAGUCUCCAGCUGUCGCACCUGUGAAACGUACUUACGAACACAUGGAAUUCUCGCUAAUGAAGAAGAGGAAAAUGGAUGACGAUGACUCCCCCUCUGCCUUUGAGGAAAAGCCCGAAGAACCUGUAGUUCUAGCAUUAGACCCCAAGGGUCAUGAAGACGAUUCCUAUGAAGCCAGGAAAACAUUUCUUACAAAAUAUUUUAAUAAGCAACCAUAUCCCACUAGGAGAGAGAUCGAAAAGCUGGCUGCCAGUUUGUGGCUAUGGAAAUCUGAUAUUGCGUCUCAUUUCAGUAACAAAAGGAAGAAAUGUGUUAGAGAUUGUGAAAAAUACAAACCUGGUGUGCUGCUUGGUUUCAAUAUGAAAGAGUUAAACAAAGUCAAACAUGAAAUGGAUUUUGAUGCUGAAUGGCUGUUUGAAAACCACGACGAAAAGAAUUCCAGAGUCAAUGUUAGUAAGACUGUUGAUAAAAAAAUAAGCUUGGAAAAAGACAAUGAAAGUUCCUCAGACAGCUAUGAAAAUAUAGAAGAGGAGUACAAUGAAAGUGGCAGUCCGUUUGGUCAGCACAUUUCUGACAUGGGUGGGAAAACCUCUUCUGAUAGCAUAGUGGAGAACCCGGAGGACAGCAUAUCCAAGGAAAUCAUUGAAGAAAGUACACUGCAGUCUCCAGAGAAGUCUGAUCAAAAACAAGAGGAAAGUGCUAAGUACGAAGAGAUUAUUUCUGCUGAAGAACCAGCAAAACUGGUAGGUGAUGUUUCAGAUAGCGAAGGUGACCAGGAUGAUCAAGAUGAUGCUGUUGAAUGGAAAGAUGGAGCCUCACAGUCUGAAAGUGGGCCUGGUUCUCAGCAGGUUUCUGAUUUUGAAGACAAUACGUCAGAAGUAAAGCCAGAAGUGUGGACAGAUGAAUCCUCCCAAAGUGAAGAUGCCGGCAGCAGUAAACCGACAGUUGAGACAAAAGAGGGUGGAUCUGAAAGUGAUGAAGAGCAGUCAAAGUGGAAGAAUCGUUCCUAUGGAAAAGUAGAAGAGUUUUGGUCUAAGGACCAGUCACAAUGGAAAAAUGCAUCAGAGAUUGAGGAGAGCUUGUCGAAUCAGCAGAUGGAAUGGCAGAAUAGCACAAUUGACAGUGAGGAUGGAGAUCAGUUUGACAGCGUGACUGAUGGAGUAGCAGAACCAAUGCAUAGCAGCUUAACUGGUGUAGAGCUGAGCAGCCAGCAAGUGUGAGCUGCUCGAUGCGGAAGUGUCAGUGAUGUGAUCCAAUCUACAGCUGUCUCAACACUUUCAUUUCAGUAUGACUGCUGAGCUUCGAUUCUAAUUGGUACUGCCUUUCGAGUGCUAGGGCAUGGCGUGUGGUGGUCGUGGCCGCUGUUACUCCAGUGGUUAUUUAAGGAUGCUGUUGGCUAAUCUUGCUUGAGAAUACCUGCUGGGAUGAGCACAGUAACUUAAUGUGAAAACGGAUAAGCUGGUGGCUCCAGAAUGCACACAGAGAAAAGCAGAGGUUUAUUUUAUCUGCAUUUUCAACAUUUAUUUCACUCUUGUACAUGUUCAGUUGUAUGUCUUUUUAAACAUUACCCUUUUUCACAUGGUAGUGUAGGGCCAACCAUACAAGCUACCAGUUCAACGUGUAUAGUAGACUAUGGGGAAAUUGAUUUUUUUUCAUGUAUCAUUCUGAAUAGUUGAAAUGUAUAUUUGUACAGUCUUUUAGACCUAUUCAAGUGAAGCUUAUGAAAUUGUUCUUGUGUACCCAUCAUAGAUUUGUUUCUCUUUUUUAGUGUUGCCCUGCUGUGUAAUAAAUGCUGUAUCUAGUUUACCUAGCAAAAGCUUGAAACUGCUAUAGUAUGAAUUUUGACAAACUUAGUUUUUGCACAUAACCUUGUACAAUCUCGAAACAGAGGCCAGCGACAUAAAAAAAUAUAUCUGGACUCUAUUGUAUUAUAGAAUUUUCUUGUUCUGAAUAUCCUUGACAUUACAACUGAUGACAAACGUAUUUCAGAGCCAUUUUCUGAAAUCUUUUAAGCUAAAAAAGAAAAAUCACAUGCAAGAAACAAGUUUGCAGCUACUAAUUUUGACACCUUUUAGAUCUGUAUAAAAGUGUAUUGUGUUGAAGCAGCACACUAAGACAAAAGUGCUGUGUUUUGGAUAUUUAGUUUUAUCUUUAGUUAACACCAACAAGGUGUUGUAUUCAUUUAUACCAUCUAAUAUAUGACACACUGUUGUAGUAUGUAUAAUUUUGUGAUCUUUAUUUCCCUUUGUAUUCUUCAUUUAAGCAUCUAAAUAAAUUGCUGUAUUGUGCUUAAUGUAAA